UCCAUGUCGCUUCCGCGCGAUAUUCGUGCAUUUCUCUCUCAUUACCACGGUCAAGCAGAUGACCCACAGGCUUCAGAUAAUCUACUAUUUUACCAAAAUCGACUGCGCUGCCAACCAGACGAUUGUUUGAUCAGCGAGAUUCACGAAAGCUGGCGCAAAGAUUAUAAUCAACUGGAGUACAAUCAUGGUUAUAUUCAAUGGCUCUUCCCCAUCCGGGAGAACGGAAUGAAUUUCGAGGCACAAGCUCUCCAACCACACGAGGUUGCGGCAAUGAAGGAAGACUCUGAUGUCAUCGAGCGUAUCAAGACGUCUUAUGAGUUGAUGCUGGAUUUCUAUGGCAUGUGCCUGCUGAACUUCGAGACUGGUCUCAUUGGACGCUCAGAAGGCUACAGAGCUCGAUACCGAAACUUCUUGCAAGCUCCUCACAACAACCUUCGCGUCACACGGAUUCUCAAGUGUCUGUCGGAAAUGGGCCUUGAGCAUCUCAAUUCAGGGUUCCUGCUCCACGUCCUCAAUGAACAGAGCGAACACAAACAGCUAAAUACCAGCCUGUUACGGGACAGUAUGGAUAGAUGGUGGGCUAACUGCUUGAGGAAUAAAGCGGAUCGGGAGUGGAUCGGACUUACAAUUAAGAAGGCGAGAAACGGCGAGAUCUUCAGCAGAGAAAAGUACGAAGCCAGUCUGCAGAGGCGAAAGGAAUCAGGAUCCCUUGCAGAACCGCAGCUCGAAUGUACCGAUGCGUAGCAGGUACUUUACUGGGCAGAAUGGCAUGACUCUUCAGAAUUGGAGUAUGUCAGAAAUUUGUUCUAGGGUUGCAAAUAGUAGUAGUACCAGACAUUCUAAUCUAACUAGACUCUCGACUGCUGGAAGACCGAGCAUGUCGGGGAGCCUCUAGUAACGUUCUAUGAAGAAGGACAAAA